AUGGCUCCAUCCUGGCUCGAAAAAUUCAUCGUCCGCGAGGACGCAACACCAGAUCCACGACGCACCACAGAAUCAUCAGCAUUGCAAAUUCACUACACCGCUCUUCCAGGACACCCGCGAACCAUAACCAUACGAGGCGACCCAGCACCUCGUUACGAAGUUACAAGAAAGGCCGUCCUCACCGUCUGGGGAGACAAAUGCUACGUCAAAUCCGUGGAGAAUGAUAUGGAAAUCGCUAUUAUAGACUUCCACAGCUUUCCGCCCAAAACUACAGUCAACUUUACGCAUCGCAAACAUGAAAUCGACAUCAAGGGACACACGGGACCUUUCCAAGCAAGUGGCGGGCUUGGAGAUCUGCGUUGGAAGCCGACGGGUAUGGUUCCCAAUGGAAAGGCUUCGUGGGAGCUUAGAGAUGAAGGGAAUCUUGUCAUGUCUGUUACUAUUGAUGAUCAUCAAGUGAAUGGUGUGGUCGACGUUUGGAAGAGUCAUCUAGAGGCAGAGACAGUUGAAGAACUGAUUGUGAUUGGGGUUUCCAAGAUUGAAGAGUACAAAAAGACACUGAGGAACGCCAAGGUGUCUCUUGUAUCAAUUCCUUCUAGCAGUGCACAGAUAUGA